ACAGAACACCGGACGGCUAUGCAGAGGUAGUGACGUCACCAGCCCGACUCCCUUCCUGCUGCAUCACAGCAGCGUUUAGCAGUGGACACCACGGCGCCGCUAAUUCACUGAUAAAACAGCCUCCCCGCGGACGCUGCAGCCCCUGCCAACAUCCCAACACGGGGGUGAACCCACAGAGACCUACGGUGCGACAGACAGACCCCCCCACCCCAGCUGUCUGACAUGGCCAGGCAGGAGCAGGUUCUGCUGCUGGAGCCGCAGCACGAACUCAGAUUCAGAGGUCCGUUCUCAGACGUGGUCACCGCAAUCCUCAAACUCUCCAACCCAACAGAAAGGAAUGUGUGUUUUAAAGUGAAGACAACAGCGCCACGCCGAUACUGUGUGCGACCAAACAGUGGAAUCAUCGAUGCGGGCACCUCGAUCAACGUCUCAGUUAUGCUGCAGCCUUUUGACUACGAUCCCAAUGAAAAGAGCAAACACAAGUUCAUGGUUCAGUCCAUGAUAGCACCUCAUGACAUGACCGACAUGGAGGGAGUGUGGAAGGAGGCAAAGCCCGAUGAGCUGAUGGACUCCAAGCUGAGGUGUGUUUUUGACAUGCCUGUGGAGAAUGAAAAAACGCAUGACAUGGAGUCCACCAAGAUGAUGUCGUCCAACUUGCUCAAGUCAGAGUCCUCUUCGCUGCCUGCCAAGUCACUGAGCUCCACCCUGGAUGAUGGUGAGGUCAAGAAGAUCAUGGAAGAUUGUAAGAGGCUGCAGAUGGAGGCUCAGAGGCUAAGGGAAGAAAAUAAACAGAUAAGAGAGGACGACGGUCUCCGGAUGAGGAAGAGCAACGUCAUGUCAUCUCAGCACGCCUCAGUCGCCAUGAAGAAAGAGGAAGGAUUGAGCACCCGCACGGUGGCCCUCAUCGUGCUUUUCUUCGUGGUGGGCGUCAUCGUGGGCAAGUUGGUCUUGUAGAGUGCAGCGAUUCGCUCAGCUGCAGCAUGCUUUUUGGGGGGGGAGGGGGGUGAAAAC